AUGGCCGAGAAAAAGACAACCCUCCCUUACGAGCCCGAAUACGGCGAUGUGGGCGACCAGGAAGACAUCGCCGAACAGCUCGGAGAAGUCCACGUUGUCAGGCAGGGCCUGCACCAACGUCACAUUCAGAUGAUCGCGUUGGCCGGUACAAUCGGAACUGGUUUGUUCUUGGGCUCUGGACGGGCAAUCAGUAAUGGUGGUCCAUUGGGUGCUUUUCUAGGGUACUCGAUCGUGGGUCUGCUCGUGUCCAACGUGGUCUUUGGAGUGGGUGAAAUGGGUUCGCUGGUUCCACUGACCGGUGGUGUCGUUCGCUAUACAGAACUGUUCUGUGACCCUGCUUUGUCGUUCGCCAAUGGUUGGAAUCAGGUAUACUCAAUUCUGGUUGCUAUUCCGGCCGAGAUUGUCGCGGCGGCCGUCGUCAUUGAGUUCUGGGUGACCAUCAACAAUGCGGUCUGGAUUACCAUUUUCAGCUUGCUGAUCCUUGCCACCACCUUUACCUUUGUGCGCGUCUAUGGAGAGCUCGAGUUCUUUUUCUCCAUGCUGAAGAUUAUACUCAUCAUCGGAAUUAACCUAAUGUCCUUAGUUGUGACCUGUGGUGGUGGUCCGAACCACACCUCAAUCGGCUUUCAGUACUGGCGAAAUCCGGGCCCCUUUGUACAGUAUCUCGAUAUUGGCGGCUCUCUCGGUCAGUUUCUGGGUUUUUGGACUACCUUUAACAAUGCGCUAUAUGCGUACUCGAGUAUUGAGACCAUCACCGUCGCCGCCGCUGAGACACGCAACCCACGACAGGCAAUCCCCCAGGCAGCAAAGCGCAUUUUUGUCCGCAUUUUGCUCUUUUACGUUUUGUCUAUCUUCAUGGUUGGCCUAGUGGUCCCUUCAAAUGAUCCUAAUCUGCUGGGCUCGACUGGAACCGCCUCUGCAUCCCCGUUCGUCAUCGCUGCUCGCAAUGCCGGCAUCAAGGUUGUGCCCUCCAUUAUCAACGCCGUCGUCCUGACCUCUGCCUGGUCCUCCGGUAAUUCAAACAUGCUCGCCGGCUCACGUAUGCUCUUCGGUAUGACAAACCAUGGCCACGCCCCUGCUGUCUUCAAACGCAUCAACCGCUUCGGCAUUCCUUAUGUCUGCGUUAUCUUCUUCGGGCUGUUCAUGGCUUUGGGUUAUAUGACGCUAUCUGACUCUGCGAGCACCGUCUUUACCUGGCUGCAAGAUAUUGUCUCUAUAGCUACCCUCGUGAACUGGAUGACCAUCUGCGUUGUCUACCUGCGAUUCUAUUACGGCUGCAAGAAACAAGGCAUUGACCGGCACACCGAGCUUCCCUGGGCUGCCCCCUUCCAGCCCUACUCCACUUGGAUCUCACUCAUCGUUUUUCUCGUCUUGUUCUUCACAGGCGGAUACAGUACGUUUAUCCAUGGCCACUGGGAUACCGAGACCUUUGUAUCAUCCUAUCUCAACCUGCCGGCAAUUAUCAUCUUGUACUUUGGCUACAAAUUCACCAAAAAGACCAAGAUUGUGCCCUUGGAAGAAAUACCAAUUCGUCCGUUCAUCGAGCAAUACAGAAGAAAUCCAGAGCCACUACCGCCACCGAAGCGGGGGCUUCAGAAGAUUAACAUUCUUUGGUCAUAG